GACACAAUGAGCAUCUUUCCUCUGCUCAAUCUACCUGAGAAAUCUCUGAAUUACGUUCUUCGAAGAAUGCCUUUAACCGAAUUAAUUGGAUUCGCUCUCAUUUCUCAAACGGCAAAAAAUCAUGUUGAGAAUUUGAAUAUAAAAAUGAGAGAUGUUCUGGUGGGUUUAGAAGACAAUAUACGAUUUUAUAUUCGGGCCGAUAGGAAUAACUUUGUUGCGUCCGCGUUCUUCUCAUUUGAUAUAAACCAAGUCCUUGAACAACCUGGUAAACGUGAAUUCAUUCUGAAGACUAGUGAAGGACAAACUUGGACCAAUCCAGGACUUGGAGUGAGACAAUUUUUGGAUCAUGUUCUUGAAAUAGGUCAUCAUCCAGAGCUUUCUAUUUUCUUCAAUAAGAUUGAUUGCGACGAAGAUACAAUUUGUGAUAUGUUUGAUGUUUUGGCACUUGAAACAUUCGCAAUGUACAUCGGAAACUUUGUUAAUAUUUUUUAUCAAAAAAUGUUGAAGUAUUAUUUGAAAAACAAAAAAGUACAAUGAACG